AUGGGCCAACCGGGUUAUCUGAGAGUUCAACUGAGCCCAAGAGGCAGCCUGGAUGAUUUCGACCACUGGAGACUUGAGUCUUUCAAGCAGACACCGUGGGCGACUCAGCAGAAAUAUUUCACGGCAAUCGAUGACCCCGAUCCCACCAAACCGUACCGCUCAGAAGUUGUGUACGACAUCAACAACGUUGACGCGGUGGACCUAGAUAAACUGCUGCAAGAAUGGUCCUCUCCUAGGGCCACGAUGACUUUGCUCCUCUACAAACGAUUAGACUUUGCCGCGCACAGGGGCAAGGAGAUCCCUCCGGACGAUGGCAUCGUUGUGGUCAAUUCGCUUACACCCGAAAACAACACAGAGGUUCUGGAGGACUACCACGCAUGGUAUCGAACCGAGCACAUCCAAAAAUUGAUGCAGAUCCCAGGGUGGCGCACUGGGAGCCGAUAUCAGUUGUUGGAUCAGCGCGGAGAAUGCGCCGAAUAUGCCGGCCCCUUCAUGGCCGUGCAUCAGUACGACCGAGAGAACGGUCUUGGAGGUUCGGAAUGGACCAAGUCAGUGGUGUCGGAGUGGACGAAGAAGAUCGAUAUGAGAAUGGCGAAGCGCCCUCACAGAAGAGUAUUCAAGAUAGAUCGAUACGCAAUAUUUUGA